AUGUGGCGAGUGGGAGUGCGGUGCUGGCUGUUCAUGGGGCUGUGCUCGUGCGUGGCCCGGUGCUCCGGGAAGAACGUGACUGUGGCCGUGAUGCUGCCGGACAACCAUCACAAAUACGCGUGGGCUCAACCGCGCGUGCUGCCGGCACUGCGCAUGGCGCAAGAGGACCUGGCGCGGCGCGGACUGCUGCUCGGACGCACGGUGAUUUUACGGAACUUCAGCACCGAGAACCCGGCGGUGGGUCUGUGCGCGGAGAGCCGUGCGCAGGUCGUGGCGGUGGACGUCAAAAUGAACUUACGUCCGGACGUGUUCUUCGGACCGGGCUGCGUGUACCCUCUGGCCUCCGUGGGCCGUUUCGCAUCGCACUGGCGCCUGCCGCUCUUCACCGCGGGCGGCUCUGCAUUCGGCUUCGACAACCAGGACGAGUACAGCACCAUCGUGCGCUCCGGUCCCUCCACCACCAAACUGGGGGAGUUCGCCAUCGCGCUGCACGCGUACUUCAACUGGACGUCACGCGCCAUGGUGACUUGGUACGACUUGCGCCUCGUGGACGACCGGCCGCAUUACUUUCUGGCAGAAGGGAUUUACGUGGCGCUGAAGGAGCAGAACAUCACCAUGGAGGCGCAGCCGUAUCAGAACGACCACAAGUACUACCGCGAGCUCAUCAGCUUCAUCCGGGAGCACGGCCGCAUCAUCUACAUUUGUGGACCCCUGGACUCCUUCCUGAUGAUCAUGAAGCUGUUCCAGAGCGAGAUCAAAGAUCCCGAGAACUACGCUAUCUUCUACCUGGAUGUCUUCGCCGAAAGCCUGAGCCAGCGCCGGCCCUGGCUCAACGCCGACCCGGACUGGGCCGAUCCCAUCCAGUUCUUCAAGUCCGUGUUCGUGAUCACGUAUCGGCCUCCGGAUAACCCAGAGUACCAGGCCUUCCAGAAGGAGCUCCACGCCCGCACCUACCAGGAGUUUGGGGUCCACCUGGAGCCCUCACUGAUGGAUCUCAUCGCCGGCAGCUUCUAUGACGGGUUCCUGCUAUACGCCAUGGCGCUGCAGGAGACGUUGGCCGACGGUGGUGCUCAGAACGACGGCAUCAACAUCACCAUGAGGACCGCCAACCGCAGCUUCUGGGGAGUCACUGGGAUGGUGACGACGGAUGAGAAAAACGCUCGGGACACUGACCUGAGCCUGUGGGCGAUGACCAAUCAGGAGACGGGAGAGUACGGGGUGGUGGCGAACUAUAACGGCUCCACCAAAGACCUCGUGUGGUCUCAGACGGAGCGGAUCACGUGGCCCAGUGGGGGGCCGCCUCUGGACAACCCUCCGUGUGUGUUCUCAUCAGACGACCCCUCCUGUAACGACGAUCAGCUCCCUGUGUUGGGAAUCGUGGCGGUGGGGUCUGGUCUGGCUCUCAUCAUCUUUGGCAUCUCCAGUUUCCUCAUCUACAGGUGA